UUUACAGUCACGUAAUAAAGUUCCAUCACCAAAACUGAUUAAAUCCCAAGAAAACCAAGAUACUUCGAUGUCUAAUUCAUAUUUAAGUACAAGCCUUCAUAAAACAGCAAGUGGUCUCAAUCAAGAAGCCGAGGAUCAGUUUGAACUUGAAUUAUGUUGGUGUAUUCAGCAAUUACAAACUGGGCUAACAGAUAUGAAACUCCAAGAUAGACAAAUAUAUAAUUUGACUAAGAGUUUAAAUGUUUUAAAAAGUAAUAAUGCAUCAUUGAUUAAGAAACGACAAGUGAUGAGAAACACUUUUGGUGAUUAUCGAUCUAACAUGGAAAAAGAUGAAAAGAAAUAUGGCAAGACAUCAUCAGUUGUAAAAUUUAUUACAUGCGAUACUAAACAAUUGGGCAAAAAAUCAUCGUUUUUGAGGAAAGCGCAUUUCUUGACAAAUACAACAAAUAAAAAUGAAAAAUCUCAAAAUGAUGAUAAACUACCAAUUAUAAAAUCAAUAAAGACAAAGAAUACUUAUAAUGAACCAUUUAAAUUUAAUUUUUCA